UCUUGAUUCAAAGUUAUCCUUUGCAACAAGCAUUAGUUUAUUUUUGAAGAUUGGUAGCUUUUUUUAGAAUGUUACAUUUGAAGAAUUUGUCCAUUUUCUUGUUAAGUUUAUUUCUAUUUUUACUAAAUAACGAAUGCGAAUGCACAGUCGAGCCCCACAAAGACCAUCUCUAUAAGCACGAGCAUUUCACGGGAUCAAAUGAGCACGAUGUUCGCUACGAUCACGAAGCAUUCCUCGGGCCAGACGCGGAAAAGUUCGAAGACUUUCCACCCGAGGAAUCGAAGCGCAAACUUAAAAUUAUCGUGAUAGCAAGAAUAGACACGGAUAAGGAUGGUUUUGUGAGCGAGGGAGAACUGGAAGCAUGGAUUGAAAAACAGCGCAAAGCAUUCAUGUAUGAAGCUGUGGAGAAGAAUAUAAAGAAGGAGGAUAAAGAUGGCGAUGGAAAGAUCUCUUGGGAUGAGUAUAAGUUAGAGUACUUUGGUGAAUGGGAUGAUACUAAUCUACCUAAGGACCACAAUCUGCGUCGUCAGAUUCACAAGGCAGACCACAAGUUCAAGAUGGCUGAUGAAGAUAAAGAUGGUAAAAUGGAUAGCGACGAAUACGUGAACUUCCAACAUCCUGAAGAAACCAAACACAUGGAAGAAUUAGCAAUAGACGAGAUCCUCGAGGAUGUCGACCAAGACGGCGAUGGAUUCAUAACUGUAGAAGAAUUUAUCGGACAGUAUGGCGAUAAGGAGAACGCGCCUGCCUGGGUCGAGCGUGAACGUAAGGAGUUUGCUCGUCAAUUCGACAAAGACAAAGAUGGGAAACUAAACCGUGAGGAGGUUAGAGACUGGGUACUACCAGAGAGAGGCGAGUCAUUGGACGAAACAAAGCAUUUGAUCGAUGGGUCGGAUGACAAUGCUGAUGGUCGUCUCUCUGUAGACGAGAUUCUAGUUCACUGGGAUUUGUUUGUAGGAAGUAAAGCUACCGAUCAUGGCGAGACGUUACGGAAAAUGAAACACGAUGAAUUCUGAAGGAGACGACAUUUAAUAGAAGUCAACGCACUUGAUUAGGGAGUCGAAUAUAAUAAACAACUCUCCUAGUUUAUCAACCGUUUCUUGUCUUUAAAGGUACAAGCUUUAGUUAUAGAUUAUAUAGAUUCUUUCUAAAAAAUAUAUAACAGUUUUUCUUUCUUCAGAAAGGAAUUAAA